GGGUUGGAUUAAGAUUCGCGAUAAGAUCUAAAUUGCGAUAAGAUAAGAUGUCUCUGAAAAAAGAUUCCAUUAAGAGACUUUUUGCAGUCUCAUCGACAACACAGCCAGCGACUUAUCAACCUUUCAGGCAGUAGGUGAAGAUGGUCAAGAGAAAACUCGGUGCCCUCGAAAAGGUUGAUGCCGACUUGGCCAACCUACAGAACAAAAUCAAGCGUGACCCCAAAUCCUACCAUACCGACUUUUCCUACCAAUAUAUCCAAUAUGAGAACCAGCGGCAGAUUUUCAUGCAGGCCCCGACCUCCGCCUCGGACAGCGGCAUCAUUUCGUUUCGCGACCUGAUCGAGUUUGUGGCUCAUGUGUCGGAUUGCUAUAAAGAGGAUACAAAAGACUUCCCAGCACAAUUGAUUGAGAUUGUGUCCGUACACCAUGCAGCGCUAGAGCCUGAACUGCGAGAGAAGAUUGUAGGCAGCCUCGUCCUGCUAAGGAAGAAGGAGAUCAUUGAUUCGACGACGCUGUUACAAUGCUUCUUCCCAAUCCUCAUCUCCACGCCGAGCAAGUCGCUCCGCGCACUGCUUUUUCAGAAGAUCAUUAGUGACCUGCGCUCCUCGAACUCCAAGACCACGAACCAUAAGCUCAAUCGGAGCGUACAGACAACAUUACACAACCUCGUCACCGAAGAUCGCUCGUCUUCAAAGGCACUAUGGGCGGUCAAAAUCACCCGAGAGAUGUGGAAGCGGCAGAUCUGGACAGAUGCAAAGGCCGUGGAAAUUAUGAAAGAGGCGGCGUUGAGUGACAACGAGAAGUGCAUUGUAGGCGGAGUUCGCUUUUUCCUCGGUGGCGACAAGGAGCGGGAAGAGUUGGAAGAUGAGAGCUCAGACGAGGAGACGAUUGAUAUGCGCAAGCUACGACAUCAAGCUGGGAUCAACAAGAAGAGCAAGAAGGCGGAGAAGAAACUCGAGAAGGCUGCAGCCACAGUUCGACGAAAGGAGAAAAAGAAGGGUCAACCUCACGCACUGAACUUUUCUGCGCUGCAUCUACUACACGACCCGCAGGGUUUCGCGGAGACCUUGUUCUCGAAACACCUCCAGAGCACGAAGUCGCGGCUGAAUCUGGAGCAGAAACUUCUGGUGCUGCAGCUUGUGUCGAGGCUGAUCGGCCUGCACAAGUUGACCGUGAUCAGCUUUUACUCCUACUUUUUGAAAUACCUUACUCCUCGACAACCUUCGGUCACCUCGUUCUUGGCUUCUUUGGCGCAAUCGACGCAUAAUCUGGUACCACCGGAUAUUUUGGAACCGCUGGUGCAGAAGAUCGCCAAUGAGUUCGUUUCGGAAGCAGCUGCUGGCGAGGUUGCGGCAGCAGGCUUGAAUGCUAUCCGAGAAAUUUGCGUACGGCAGCCGCUAGUCAUGAGCGACACAUUACUACAAGAUUUGGUCAUGUAUCGAAAGAGCAAAGACAAGGGCGUGAUGAUGGCAGCGAAAGGUCUCUUGAGUUUGUACAGACAAGUCGGAGCCGAGAUGCUGAAGAAACGCGAUCGUGGCAAGGACGCCACACUUGGCCUACGGUCAGGCGACCAGAAACAACAGCGGUUCGGUGAGGAGGUCGUUGGCGAAAUCGAGGGUCUGGAGCUACUAGAGAAAUGGAAACAAGAGGAAAGGCAGCGACGGAGACUGGAGAAGGGACUUCCAGCUGAUGGGACGGAUGGUGAGGACGACGAAGACGAAGAGGAUUGGAAUGCCUGGGACGUGCAAGAAGAUGACAGCGACGACUCUGGUGGCUGGAUCAAUGUCGAAAGCGAUGACGAGAUCAACGUCAGUGAUAGUGAGGACGAGAAGCCGUCAGCGAAAAAGGUCCGCAUCGAUGCCCAAGUGACGACAAGCGACGACAAAGAAAACGAGACGAAGGAGGCGUCCACCGAACUGCAGCCGAAGUCGAAUUUCGCGACGACUCGUGUUCUUACGCCAGCAGAUCUCGCUAAACUGCAAGAGUUGCGGACCACGGCCUCUGUAUCUUCGCUGCUGAAGAACCACAAAUCGCACCAUGCGCAACGCAACGACCAGACGAAUUCCCAACGGCAUAUGGACGACCCUCUGACUGCGGCCGAGAUUGAAGGUCUUGCGUCUUUGUCGAAGGGUAAAGCUACCCGAGCAGAGAAAUUGGCCUUGUUAGAAGAACACAGGGAAGAUCGGGAGGCUCACAAGUCGAAAGCGGGCAGGAAGAAGGAGCGCAAGGAGACUGAGGGCAAGAGUACGACCAACAAGGAGAAGGCGCGCAAGAAGAAUUUCUUGAUGACGCUGAGCAAGGCCAAGUCCAAGGGGAAGAGGAGUCUGGUCGAGCAUCGGAAGAUUCUGAAAGCGCAUGCUGAUAGAGGGAAGAGAGGUGGUAAAAGAGGAAAUAAUGGAUAGAUCAAAUGGUGAUACCCUGAUCAUGUCGA